CAUUUGGUCCAAAUUAAAAAUCAAAUGCCGUUCUGGUUUUCGGAAGAACGGCCUUUCAGUUUUUUGGUCAACGCGCAGCGAAAUAAACAUUUUUUUAUUGGCCACAUAAGAUUCUGAUUCUGUCUAAACAAAAAGUUUAAAUAAUAACUUAUAUCUUAUACCUAUACCUAAAUAUAUAUUUAAUAGAAGUUGUGAAAUAUAAUAUCAUCGUAAAAUUUCUAAUAAAUAAAAGUUUUUGUUCAGAACUAUGGCAAAAGUUAUGGACAUUGACGGAAGCUUGUUGGAAGGAGGUGGUCAAAUUCUGAGAAUGUCUCUCUGCUUCAGCAUACUGUGCAAAAAGCCCAUCAGGGUGUUCAACAUCCGGGGAGGUCGUAAAAAGCCGGGUCUAAUGGCACAACAUAUGAAAGGAAUCGAGCUACUGCGAGAUCUAUGCAACGCCAGAGUCCGAGGUAUCGGAUUGGGUUCAAUGGAGAUCGAGUUCCAUCCGGGCGACAUUGGCCGGGGUAAAUUUGUGGCUCACGUUCAGACGGCUGGCAGUGUGAGCUUAUUAUUGCAAGCCGCUUUGCCUGUGGCCAUAUUCGGAUCAGGAGCAAUAACGUUGGAUCUAAAAGGAGGUACCAACGUGGAUAUGGCCCCACAGGUCGAUUUUAUGACGGAGAUCUUUCGACCGAAUAUGGAGAGGUUUGGAGCGACGUUUGAUUUCGAUCUAUUUCGAAGGGGUUAUUUUCCUAAAGGCGGAGGACACUGUGUAGCUCAUAUAAACCCGGUGCAAUCCCUGUCAUCGGUUACCUUGGUAGACUUUGGAACGAUCAAUCGAUGCUUUGGAUGGAGCUUCGUGGCAGGAGCGGUUCCAAUAAGAGUUGCUAAGGAUUUAGCGAAUGGCGCCAAAAAUUUGUUGAAUCACGUUUAUCGGGACCAAAUAAAUAUUGAAGAAUACAAAGAGAGUGUUGAUAUGGCUCCUGAUAACUGUUCUGGGAUUAUUUUAGGGAUUGAAACUUCCAGCGGAGUAGUGAUGGGAGGUGCGGCUCUAGGGAAUCGUAAUAAAGCCGCCUUUGAGACCGGUCAAGAAGCUGCUAACGUUGUGAAGACAGCUGUUCACCUGCAAGCUUGCGUCGACAGGCACGUGCAGGAUAUGUUGAUUGUGCUGAUGGCGUUAGCUGAAGGACGUAGCCGUAUCCGAACGGAACCACUUACGAUGCACACUCAAACUGCUAUUCACGUUGCAGAAUUGAUGACUAAAGCAAGGUUUAGAGUAGUUGAGCAGCCAAACGAAAGUGUCAUUAUAGAAUGCGAUGGAAUAGGAUAUCGCAAUGGUCAUAGAUAAAUAAAUGGGUCAGUCUGAAUGUAUUUAUUUAACUUAGAGUCUGCCAUCUAAUCUUAGGUUUCAUCAUAAAUUUUAUUAAAUUAUUCAACAUGAUU